AUGCAGGUGGAUUUGGACUUCCGCAUGUUCAAGUUCUGCAAAACUGCUGCGGGUGGUGCUGGACUUUCAAGAGAGGACACGAAAGAGCUCAUUGACGUCGUGGUGCAGGCCGUUGAGAACCCGCAGAGAGUGAAUCUGAGUCUGCGCCCUCCCCCUCCGCUCCCUGCUCUGCCCUUCUUCGCUAUACCUCCCCCUCCGAUAUCUGGCCACCCAUGCCCUUCCGUGCUCUGUCUUACUGUCUCUGCUCUCCCUGCUCUGACCUCCUCUGCUCUGCCAUCCCAUGCUCUGCCAUCACUGUGUUCUACCCUCCCCUGCUCUGCCCUCCCCUGGUUUGCCUCCCGUGCGUUGCCCUCCCAUGUGCUGCCCUCUCCUGCUCUGCCCCCGCCUGCCCCUGCCCUCCCGUGCUCUGUCUUAUUGUGCUGUGCUCUCCAUGCUAUGCCCUCCCCUGCUCUGCCCUCCCCUGCUCUGCCCUCCCCUGCUCUGCCCUCCCCUGCUCUGCCCUCCCCUGCUCUGCCCUCCCCUGCUCUGCCCUCCCCUGCUCUGCCCUCCCCUCCUCUGCCCUCCCUGCUCUGCUCUCCCUACUCUGCCCUCCCUGCUCUGCCCUCCCACGCGCUGCCCUCCACUGCUGUGCCCUCCCAUGGUCUGCCCUCCAGUGCUUUGCCCUCCCAUGUGCUGCCCUCUCCUGCUCUGCCCCCGCCCUACUCUGCCCUCCCCUGCCCUCCCAUCCUAAGUCUUUACGUUCUUUGUCCUCCCUGCUCUGCCCUCCCCUGCUCUGCCCUCCCGUGUGCUGCCCUCUCCUACUCUGCCCUCCCCUUCUCUGCCCUCCCCUUCUCUGCCCUCCCAUGCGCUGCCCUCCCAUGCGCUGCCCUCUCCUUCUCUGCCCUCCCAUGCGCUGCCCUCCCCUGCUCUGCCCUCCCCUGA